AUGGAGGGUGAGUCGCCGACCGUCUCCAUAACCGAGGCUGCGAUAAGACUUCGACCAUGCAGCACCACAUGGAGUGGCACCGGUGUCGCGAGUUGAGGGAGGGGCUUGCGUUCCGAUGUGAUCGCCACGUCGCCGCUCGCCGUGCUGGGCCGGCACGCACCCAUGCUGCUGCGUCACACCUGCGCCCAUUCCAUCCGCAUCUCGCCCGCUCUUUCGCCGAUUCUAGCUUGACCGUACAGACGCUGACCUUUAAGUACGCUGCCUUUAUUCCCACAGACGAAGGUUCGUAUUCGAUUCACCCUGCACACGACCCAUGUCCUUUUUAGCGCUGGCUUGCGCGGUCGGCGUGACGGCGUGCCACUGGCCACCACCUAACUCAGCGCUGAGCACGCACGCGCACACGCCGGCACGCACCGCCUCGUCGCCGUGCAAGCGAGCUAGCCCCGCAUGUCGACGAGACUGAUGUUGUGGCACAUCCGGGCGUACUGACGAUGUCCUCGAUCCGCUUCGCCUCCCCUUUGCAGUCGCUGCCCUCGUUAUCGACAAUGGAUCGGGUCAGUCGCCAUUUCCGCAUCCUUGGGGACGCACGCGCAGCAGACCGCUAUACUAACGCCAGUCCCACACCUCGCCCGUCCUGUCCCCGUUGUUCUCCCUCCCGUAACCCAAUCACCGCGUGAUGCCGCCGCAACAGGAAUGUGCAAAGCCGGGUUCGCCGGUGAUGACGCUCCCCGUGCUGUGAGUAUCCCGUAUCGCGAUCCCGGGAUGUGACCGAGCCUCUGGCGCUGCGCGUCCCAGCCGCUCCUCGACUGCCCUCGCCGCCCCGUCGAUGUCAAUGGCGAGCCGUCACUCUCUGUGCCACACCAGCUUUUCCCGGGCUCGUUUGUGUGGUAGAGUCGAUCUUGUUUGGCCGUGUGCUGCACCGGAAAGCCCCUGGGGUGUUCCUGAGCUGACACGCCCCCGCAUCGGCGUCUCGUCGUGGUGCUGGUCAUUCUACUAGGUCUUCCCCUCGAUCGUCGGUCGUCCCCGCCACCAGGGUGUGAUGGUUGGUAUGGGCCAAAAGGACUCGUACGUCGGUGAUGAGGCCCAGUCUAAGCGUGGUAUCCUUACGCUCAAGUGUGAGUCACCCGCACCGGUCUGCGCAACCGCUCCGACUCCCGACCCGGCCAGGAUGAAUCGAACUAAUGACGUUCGUGCCCUUCAUCUGAUGUCAUCAUCCGCAGAUCCCAUUGAGCACGGUAUUGUGACCAAUUGGGACGAUAUGGAGAAAAUCUGGCAUCACACCGUAAGCACCCGUCGCCAGCAAAGCUCCCGUCCACCUCUGGCCCGACGACUGACUCGCGCCACUUUACCCCCCACCGCAGUUCUACAACGAACUCCGUGUCGCCCCCGAGGAGCACCCCGUGCUCUUGACCGAGGCGCCUUUGAACCCCAAGGUCAACCGAGAGAAGAUGACCCAGAUCAUGUUUGAGACCUUCAACGCCCCCGCCUUCUACGUCGCCAUCCAGGUGCGUCGGACCGCCAACUGCAUCACUUGACCGCCGCUCCUCGCCCACUGACACCGCGCUCGCUAUGAUAAUCGUCUCGCAGGCCGUUCUGUCGCUGUACGCCUCGGGUCGCACGACCGGUAUCGUCCUGGAUUCGGGUGACGGUGUGACCCACACCGUUCCCAUCUACGAAGGUUACUCGUUGCCCCACGCCAUCCUCCGUCUCGACUUGGCCGGUCGCGAUCUUACCGUGAGUAGCCUCGGUGCCGCCGGUCCCGUCUGGACUGAGCACACGAGAAGCUGACGCGACGCCACGACGUAAUCCUUUGGCCGGACCAUUUUAACCCAUAGGACUACCUCAUCAAGGUCUUGAUGGAGCGUGGUUAUACCUUCACUACGACCGCCGAGCGUGAAAUCGUUCGCGACAUCAAGGAGAAACUCUGCUACGUCGCCCUCGACUUUGAGCAGGAGAUGCAGACCGCUGCCCAAUCCUCAGCCCUCGAGAAGUCUUACGAGCUUCCCGACGGACAGGUCAUCACCAUCGGUAAUGAGCGGUAAGUUCGCCAGCCGGCGCCAUCGUCGCCUUUUGCCUUUUUCGUAGGAGCUUUUCACUAAACCCUCGCCGCGCUGUACCGGCGACCAUCCCCACCAGAUUCCGUGCCCCCGAGGCCCUCUUCCAGCCCGCCCUGCUUGGCCUCGAAGCCGCCGGUAUCCACGAGACGACCUACAACUCGAUUAUGAAGUGCGACCUCGAUAUCCGAAAAGAUCUCUACGGCAACAUCGUCAUGUCCGGCGGUACGACCAUGUACGCCGGCAUUUCGGACAGGAUGCAGAAGGAGGUCACCGCGCUGGCUCCCUCGUCGAUGAAGGUGCGUCCUCGAUUGCAGUCGAGGUUGAUGGUGUUCUUGGAACUGAUGAAACCCUUCCCCCAACGUGUCGGCGGCACACUGCAGGUCAAGAUUGUUGCUCCCCCCGAGCGCAAGUACUCGGUCUGGAUCGGUGGAUCUAUCUUGGCGUCGCUCUCGACGUUCCAAGCCAUGUGGAUCUCGAAGCAGGGUGCGUCGAGCUGCCAUUUCUACGAGAAUACGAGAUGGAGGUGCUUUGGCGCGUCGCUGACCCUCUAGUACGUUGCCUUUUCUACAUUACCCUGGUUUGGUUCGGCCUUUCUGCUGCUUGCCGCCGCGCGCAAUCACCUUCCCUCUGGAAACGCUAUACACCACCAAACUUGAAUCUAUCAUCGUGUGCUCGAACAUCCACCUUGGUCUGCACUCACCACGCGCCUUGGCCGUCGUCAACGCCGCGUCCGCCUCGCCCGCCCGCUCGCCACAACCAUAACCCUGUGGUUGGACCAACAAAAACAGAAUACGAUGAGGGUGGACCCAGUUGUGUGCACCGCAAGUGUUUCUGA